AUUGAAAAGAAGCGUCGUCGAGAAUUCAGUUUAUGAAAUUGAUGCAAAGUAUCAUGUCGGGUGGCGGUGUUUUAAAAAGUUUGUUGUAGACGUUGCGUAUUGGUUUUGUUAAUUUUGAAAAAAAAAAAUAAGGACUUUUUUGAAAGAAGAAUCAAAAUGAUAAAAGUUGAUGAAGAUGAUCCUGUGGGCGAAAUCGACUUAAGUUUUCCUCAUAGAGAAGUACAAAUUCAGAGAGGAAUUGACCCCAAAGAUUUAUUUACAUUAGAAGAGGAAAUAGGAAGAGGAAAAUUCGGAACAGUGUACAGAUGUAAAGAAAAAUCAACAGGAUUAUCACUCGCAGCAAAAUUUAUAGCAUGUCCGAAGAAAGAAGAUAGAAGAAAUGUAGAACGGGAAAUAGAUAUUAUGAGAUCUCUUCAACAUCCUAGAUUAAUCCAAAUAUACGAUGCAUUUGAAAAUGGAAAAAUUAUGACAGUUAUUUUAGAACUGAUUGAAGGCGGUGAGCUAUUCGAGAGGGUCAUCGACGACGAUUUUAUUUUGACUGAGAAAAGUUGCACCGUUUUUAUGAGGCAGAUAUGCGAGGGAGUCGACUUUAUACACAAACAGAGAAUACUACAUUUAGAUAUGAAGCCUGAAAAUAUUCUAUGUCUCACAAAGACAGGCAACAGGAUCAAAAUAAUCGAUUUUGGUCUUGCUAGAAAAUUUGACCCAAGCAAAAAACUACAGGUUCUCUUCGGUACACCUGAAUUUGUAGCUCCCGAAGUAGUAAAUUUUGAUGACAUUGGAUAUGGGACUGAUAUGUGGUCUGUAGGAGUUAUUUGUUAUGUAUUAUUGUCCGGUCUUUCGCCAUUCAUGGGACAUACUGAUGUAGAAACAAUGGCGAACGUAACUGUUGCAAAAUACGACUUUGACGAUGAAGCGUUUGACGAGAUUUCCGAUAAUGCAAAAGACUUCAUCAAAAAAUUACUGGUCAAAGAUAUGAGCAAACGGCUAUCAGCAGCAGAAUGCUUAAAGCACGAAUGGUUCACGAGGAAGAAGGCUCCAAAGACUUCAAAGGUACCUCUACCAAAAACACCGAGCAUGGACGUCACUAAAGAUAACUUAAAGCAGUUUGUGGAGAGGUGGAAUGAGCAUCCAAAUUCUCCUUAUAUUUUUGAGAUUAGUAAUCACACUAUUUCUCCAUCUAUGCUUCCUACUGGAGGAGAGAGCCUAUCAGGCUCUAGUCAAAGUCUAAUCGGUGAGUCUCCUUCACCCUGCGGAUCUUUAGCAUCAUCACCAGGUUCAGACAACGCUUUUAUGCCUGUAGACCAAGAAACAUAUCACCACUUGCUGCCAGCCCCAGUAGAUCAUUUUAGAAGAGCUUCGGAUAGUACCUGCGUUAUGAAAUCUAAUGAUAUAGCUGAAAGAAACAAUUUAGCCGAAGAAAUAAGAAAACUGUCAGAUAAAUUGUUCCAGCUAUCUAAUUUUAAUACAAGUCUUACUAAUAGUGAGUCUCCAUUUAAGUCUGAAAUUUCGCAAGCUAAAGAAGAGACAGUAGUGAGAAGUGUUCCUAUAACUAUAACAGGAACGAAACAUAAAAAUAACUUUCAAAAUGAAACUAUUCAAAAUGAAAAUCUAGGUAUCCCUUGGAGAAAAACCAAGUUUAAAGUUAAUAAUAUGUCUAGAGACGUUCCUUUACCGGUACAGACUAUCCAUAAAUCACAAAAUUCUCUUUUUACAACCAAAACGAACUCCAUAAAUAGCCCAAAUGGUACUAAGGAUCUUCUUCUUCAACUGUUAGAACAAUGGGAUGGUCAUAAAGGACGUACUAGAAAUACUAUGCGUCACGGAUCAAUUUCCACGGAUUCUGAAAAUGACUCUUUAGGGCAAAAAACCAUAAGCUCUCUUAACAGUUUUUUCCAAUCGAGAGCUACAAAUAAGUUAACGCCACUGAAAUUAGAUAAGAAUUAAAUUAAUUUUUUUAUAAUUUUUCCAGUCUAUAUCUAUCAAUCAAUAACGCUUCCAGAUUGAAUACUGUACUAUGAAAUUUUGUGUUUUUAACGGAACAUAUAUUUAAAAUAAGCUCUGCCAAAAAAAUUGAUUGUUAGAUAUCGAUUUUAAUAUAGUUAUUUAUAUCAGCAUUUUUUAUUAUUGUAUUUUCACAAUGUACAUAUGGGACCAUUUUUAGUUUUGACAGAUUAUAUUGAUGUUUGUGAAAUCGUUGUUGUUUCAAAAUCUAAAUAAAGGAAAUUAUUUGAUGUUUUAUUUUUGGUUUCCCUGAAAUAACAAGAACAAUGUUUUUUUGUUCAUCAAAAGAUUGUUUAUAUAAUUAUAAAAAUUCUUGGAUACGGUUUUAAAAAUAUUCGCGAAAAAAAAAAAUAGGUUAGGAUAUUUUUAAAUACACUUCAAAGAUACAG